AUGAAACGUUCCAGGACCUCGGCAACUACCUCUCCAACAACUCUGCGGAAAGUCGCGGUUGAAGCUCAGCGGAAGAGGAUGAGGGCAAAGUCUGAGCUUCCCAACACUGAAGAAGCGAAGAAAAUCUCCGCCUACUGCGCUGCCGAAAGGUACAACAUAUUCGACGUUGCUCGUCUUCUUCGCGCCGAGGGCUAUGAGCCAGAUCCUUUCAACACCGGCUUGUACCCACAAGUUGUUCAUGUCCAAGUCAACAAUGCUCUAGAGAGCAAGGAAACCGGUGAUAUUUUCGUAUUCCCGUCGGGCACUGUCGUGUCUUGGAAUGUUCCCGAGAAGGUAUCUUUUCGGUUGGUCCACCACACACUGGUGGACGCCGCGGAAGGCUCUCACCUGAGGCACGUUGAAACCGAAGACCUAGCAUACGUUGAGGAUUCCACUAGGAGCUCGAGUGAUGUCUCCGGGGAUACCAUCAUUUUAGGAACUGGGACUCCCGAUUUUGAUCCUUCCAGACAGACCAACCUAGCGGAUGGGCAAGAUACCUUCGACUACGAAGUGGACACUGUUUUGGCCAAGAUCGCCUUCUCCUCUGGACUGGCACGCUCGACGAAACUCGCAGUUCUCGAGGGUCUGCUAGACAGAUAUUUCGACUCCACUCGCUCCAUUCCUACGGUCCUCUCCAAAGGCGCGCGGUUACGAUUCAGCCGGAAGUUCAUCCUCAUGAAGACCGGCGAGCUCCUCAAUAUCCGGGCCCAACUCAAUUUGUAUUCCGAGCUCACUGAUGCUUUGCCCGAUAUCUUCUGGGAUAGCAGACAUGAGCUUGGUCUUGAGGACUAUUACACCAAGGUCGGUCGUGCUUUGGAUGUAUCCGUGCGCAUCAAAGCACUGAACGAUAAAUUGACCUACGCGCAAGAGAUUGCCCAGGUCCUCAGUGAUCGGUUGGGUGAGAAGCAUGGCAAUUUCUUGGAGUGGAUCAUCAUCUAUUUGAUCUUUUUCGAGAUUUUGUUGGAGAUUAACAGGCUAUUCAAGGAGUGGGAGGAGGCGUCGGACCCAGAAAGUACUUCUAAUCUACUGAAGUUGUACUUGGAGGAAGAGCUUGCCAAAGACAAAAAGAACGAAGAACAAGCAUCUUAA